UCUUUGAUUCGGAUACGGUUUUAUAUCAACACAUUUCUAUUGAAAUAUUGUUUUCUUUAUUGUGAAGUUAAUUGAUUUUAGGUUUUGAUUGUGUAUUUACUUACAUUGAUAACGGAAACAAUUCUAUCAAACUUCUCUGAGCAACGACUGAAUUAUCCUUUUAAAGUUGAAAGUUCUUCCUAAAUAGUGUACGUUUAUCCUUCAGAAGUUUUAUUUAUUAAUUGUUUUAGACAUUUAACCGCUUUUGUAUCCACGUAACUUGUGCAAUUUGUCUAGUUUAUUGGAUACAUGUAUUUGAAAAGACAUAUUGAACAUUUUUUUAGUUAAACAAAUUAUCCUUUUUUCAUUUACCGUGGAUGUGUAUUACAAUGAUUUCAGUGAACAUUUAGUUUUCUUCAGCGUGGCUAUAUUUGAAAUAAGAAGCCAGGAAACAGACAACUAUGAUAAAAUAACAAAAUGGGUGAUUUACAAAUUCCACAUUUGAACGAUCCCGGAGAUCAUAAUAAAAUAAAGCAGUAUGAUAGUCUAGAUUUCAAAGUCCGAGUUGGAACUUCAUUGGUCAGAUCUGGGACUGAGAGUCAAGCUAUUUUGAUUCAAAAAGAAUUUCAAGAGGAACAAAAAAUUAAUGAUCUUAUACUCCAAAUAACAAGCAGAAGUAUAUCAAGAAGAACAACUCCUUCAAGUUCUAGAAGGAGUUCAAUUGAUAUCAGUAAUGGGUUUGGUAUACAAGGAGUUGUUGAUGGCAAGAGGGCCGCCAGAUUUCUCCGUAGACGGAAGGAUCACACUGCAUUAUUAAGGCAAUGGAAUACUAAACCGGAAGUAGUUAACGAAGGACAUAGAAAUCCAGCAGAAGCGUUGCAGAAAUUUAGAAAGUUGGCUAGAACUGUUAAACUUCUAUGUGGAAUCCUGAUCACUCUCAAGAGUUAUGUGAAGAAACCUGACACCAGUAAUUGGUCAUUUAUGGAAAUGUACCUGCAUGUCCAGGAUACAUUCAAUCACUUACUCACUUUCAACAAGAACAGUUAUGGAAAGGUAGAACCGCUUAAAGAAAAACUGAAGACGUUACUGUCAGUGAGCAAACAGCACAGAACAAGACAAGAUGUCCAAACGAUUAUGGGUUUAAUGAGAGACAACUUGUCGUUCCAAGAUUAUCCUGUUCAUAUUCAAAUAAAAUUAGCUAGAUGUAUGCAGUACCAAAGUUAUGAAGCUAGAAGGGUAAUUCUGAAACAAGGACACCCACCAUUAGCUUUCUACAUCAUGCUAUCUGGCGUUGCUAUUGUCAACGCACGUGAUGUUAAUCCCAAAACAGGACAUACAUUUGUUAAAACAGUCGGUCAGCUGGUUGCAGGCGAUACAUUCGGGGAGAUAGCUCUAAUUGAAAGUUGCCCAAGAACUGCAUCUGUUGUGUGCAAGACAACAUGUGAGUUUCUGGUGGUACAAAAACACGAUUUUGACGAGGUUAUCAAGGCACCUUUACUUAAAGAAAGAGAGGAUCAUAUUGAUUUUUGCAAAUCAUUACCAUUUUUAAAAGACUUUCCAUGUGAUAUGUUGCGCCAUCAUCCAAAAGAGUUUUUCUUCCAGUACUUCAAAGAAGACGAUAUCAUUAUUAGACACAGUGUAUCAAGCAAAUACAUUGUCAUCGUUAAAUCGGGUAAAUGUAAGCUUGUAAGUGAUUUCACUGAACUGCCAUCAGAUAAAAGACGUGUUGAAUUUGAUGCUGACUUAGAAGAAGCGUUUCCAUUAUAUACUACUAUGUUGAGGGUAAAAUCGAGAGCACCUGUUCCGAAAUCAGGUUCAACAGACUCAAUUUCACGCAUACAAAUUGGACUGUUAACGGGUACAGUUGAUAAUACGGUCCUUGCAGCAAAAGCAGAGAAAACAAAUAUGAAACUGGCGAGAAGACCAAGUACCGUAUCUUUAGCCAAACGAGGAUCUAUAAGCAAUUUAUUCAAUAAGCCAAAUAUGGAACGAAAGAACAGCAUGAUAACUAGUCAAUUACUCAGAGAAAAUCUUCUACUUCAAGAGUCACAAUUAACCAAGAUUGAAGAGAAACCGCGACCUAAAACAACUCAGGGUAGACACCAAUUCACUGCCACCAAGAAAUUAAAUUCCAAAGAAAUUAAAAAGAAAUCCAGUGAUGACAACCGUACAACUCUUGCCCAGAUAUCACAGCUGAAAAUCGGGGAUGUUUUUGGCUUGGAAUCAUUGGUUUCUAAACCAUCAACAACAUUAAGUUUAGUUAGUGAAGGUGCAGAGUGUAUUUUGAUAUCCAAAAGACUUUUCUUAAGUGAAGCCAGCAUAAAAGUGCUCAGAAUAGUUAAUGAUUUAGUACAAAAUUAUCCAUGUCAUUCCUAUAUUAGAGAUCAGGUAGAUUGCUACCGGAAGUGGGUACAAUAUAAGCAUGACAUAGAGGAGGAGGUUCUGACUUCCCAUCGACAGAAAGACAGGGUGUGGGUUGGAGGUGUUCCAGCAUUAAAAUGUGCUUCUUAACAAUGUUUUGAAUAAUUUUACUAUUUCUUGUUAUUCCUAUUAAUUAAAACAUAUUCAGGUACAUGUUAGAGUAAGGGCAUACCAUGACGGAUAACAAAUGGUCCAGAAACCAUGACUGUGGGCAAGGCAGAAAAUGUGGUACAGAUAAACUAGUUUUACGUGAGCACAAUCCCCUUUUUUGUGAAACACACAAAGAUAAACUGUAAUGUCCGUCUGUCAACAGGACGACACACAACAAGGAAUUAAAAGACGUCAUCUAGU